AGAUGAGGCACCGAAUUCAUUGACACGACGUCCCCUUCCCAAAUCCUAGUUCAAACUUUCCCUGUCUUAUAUAGACGGCCGCUGCAAAAGCGCCCCCUUUCCUUCCUGGCUGCUACUAUUGUAUUGUUUGGAAACCCUUUUUGUUCUUGCAUGCUCGAACAACCAAACCCUAGACUAGAUACCUGCUCCACAAGCAUGUGAUCUGCCACAAGAUUUGUGGUGCGACCCUGAAAAGGCUCCCCUUUCUUGCUUCAGAUGCUGUGGAUUUGGUCGCGGAUCACUGAGCAAGGUGAUGAAGGUCGUUCUGCCACUUCCUCCGUCGACCACCAAUGGAGUCUCUUCUCAUCGCUUUCGCACAUGGAGGAGGGAUUCCUUGAUCCCUUCGUCGUCGUCGCCCUCUUCCUCGAGUUCCCGGAUCAGCCCCGCGGUUCUCUUCGCCAUCGUCGUCCUCGCGCUCAUCUUCUUCCUCUCCGGCCUCCUCCACCUCCUCGUUCGCUUCCUCCUCCGCACGCGCCCUUCCUCCGCCGCCGCCGCCGCCGGCUCGCCCAUCCGCACCCGCCGCACGCGCCUCCCUGGAGACCCCGGCACGCUCCAGCGCCAGCUCCAGCAACUGUUCCACAUCCACGACUCCGGACUCGAUCAGGCCCACAUCGACGCCCUCCCCCUCUUUCUCUACGCCGAGAUCCUCGGCUCCAAGGACCCCUUCGACUGCGCGGUCUGCCUCGCCGAGUUCGCGCCCGAAGACAAGCUCCGCCUACUGCCCGCUUGCGGCCACGCCUUCCACCUCGCCUGCAUCGACACUUGGCUUCUCUCCAACUCCUCCUGCCCCCUUUGCCGGGGCCUCAUAUUCUCUCAGGGGAUCGCGAUCGAGAACCCCAUGUUCGGCUUCGAUGAUCCGACCGCCGACGAAGAGGAAUUCCAAGAAGUUCAAGAAGCCAAGGAAAGAAUGCUCUCUGUUAGGCUUGGAAAGUUCAAGAAAUUGAGCUGUGGAGAUACAGAUGGUGCCGCGGAAAUCACAGAUCUGGGGGAGACGAGCAGUAGCAAUUUGGAUGGUAGGAGGUGCUUCUCCAUGGGAUCUUACCAGUAUGUGGUCGCCGAUGCUAAUCUCCGAGUGGAUCUCACUGCUUCUUCCACCAGGGGAAGAAGGACCACUGGAAAUGCAAUGAGUAGAGAUGAGAGCUUGUCCGUGUCCAAGAUUUGGCAGUGGUCCGAUAAGAAUGGGAAGUUCCCUGUCUCUGCUGAUACUGCUGCUACGUUCGAUAGAGGCUUGCCGUGGAUUACUCCGUGCAUGGAGGAGGCAUGAACUAUGGCUUGUCAUCUCUAGUUUGGUUCUACUCCAUUUCAUUUGACCUGAUGCCCGUCUUAGGAAUUUAGGAAUAGGAAACUCUUGUCGAAUUCGACUGCUCAAAGGGCCAAGAAACGCAUCAAAACUUACUAGUUAAAGUUGCAGAGAACUGACAGUAACAAUGAAGAUGCUUCUUUGGUCAAGAAGCAUUUCUGACGUCUCUUCUUCAAGAUGAUGGGGAAUCCAAGGGACUUGGCAGUGAAUACCUUCCAUUUGAGAGCUACUUACCAUAAGAGAUCGAUUUACUCCCAGUGAUGCAGCUUUCUUGUUUUUGUCUUAGAGAAGAAGUCCUGACAAUAUCAAAACAAAUCUACCAGCUCCUUCCAGGGAUCCCUAUUUUAUGUCAAAUCCACCAUGGAGCUGUAUCAAUGAGGACGAUCUACAAAAUGCACCAAGUCCAUUUGUUACAAUUUUUCAUUGGUUUCUACUAGCCAAAAAGCUCUGCAUUUUAGUAAUGUUUGCUCAAACUAUGACAUGCAUUACAUUGAGUGCAAAUGUGGUACAAUUUUUGAUGAUCAGAUUUGACUCUCCCAUUUCAAUUGUAAUUGUGCUCAAAUAGUUGUGACUUGCUGCUUGAUAAGAAGCAGCAAAUCUUAUGUUUAUUGUUUCUUCAUUCUCAUCCUGAUCGAAGAAUUCAAAUUUCACAUUCUGUGGCAAUCCAACACUUUACAGUUUCCACUGAAAAGGAAUGCAAUUGUGGAUUCUUUAUCGUGCUCACUUUUGUACUAUAUGGACAACAACAGCACAUUGCAGAUGAUGUCUGCGGUCCACCACAAAGAAGUGACAAGGAAAAAUGCAGAACCACCCAACAUGGGCUCAGUUUCCAUCUUAGAAAGCACCAAACAUGUCCAGUGCCAUGCCCUUUUC